AUGGUAGCUACACGGAUAAUGAGGUCAUGGAAUUUGCGCCGGCUGAGCCUGCGGGCCCCCGUCUUGCCACUUGCGCGGACGCCGGGUGCCGCGUUGCUGCAACGACGUUUCAACGGCACGACCAGCAGCGAUGCCACGCCAAGUGAUGACCCGGUGACCGGUCCCUACACUCCCCCCAGCCUCAGCCAGUCGAAGUCGGGAUGGAGCCACAAGGACAGUCUUGAUGUGGGCCCGGCCAGGCAGCUCAACACCAUCCUCAACGACCUCCUGCCCGAGGCUUUCACGUUUCAUUCCGGGCUGGGGAAGCCCAUGGCUCAGGGCUCCCACCUCGUCUACUUCCCCAUCCGCGCCGCCCCGUCAGACCUGGCCCCGGACGGCGCCGAGAGCCAGCAUGUGCCCGGCGGGUUCGACCUGACCAAGCCGGGGGCGGCCAGGCUCUGGGUAGGGGGCUCGCUGACCUUCUCCGAUGACUGGGCCUGGCGGCUCCGGUACUUCAGACAUGGCAUGCUGAGCUCGUCGUAUUUCUGGAACUGCACAGAGACGUUUGCCAACAUGAAGGUCCUGAAGCGUGGAGACGAGUCCAAGGCCGUCGUGGAGCUGAAGAGAACCUAUGGAGUGGAGAAGAAGGGAUCUGGGAAGGAGGGUGAACAACCGGUUGAUAUUGAGGAGACCAGGUUGUUGGCCUUUGUGCCCAAUUUUGAGCCGAAGGCCACGUCGUUUGGAACACCGGGAGAACCCGACAUCGAAUACAAGUUCACACCAACACCCGAACAGCUGUUCCAGUUUUCAGCGCUGACGAACAACGCGCACUUCAUCCACCUGGACCGGGAGAAGGGGAUCGUCCACGGCCCGCUCACCCUGGCCCUCAUGCUGCGGGCCCUCAACCACGCUGUGCCCAACGCAGCCGCUACGUUCUCUCACGUGCUCAAGAUUUCGUAUAGGAACCUUCGCCCGCUCUACGUCGGGCAAGAGGCCACGAUCUGCUUGCGUAAGCGGCCAGAGGAGAUGGGGAAGAGCCCAGAGGAGCUGGGGAACAGUCUUGAGGAGAUAGAGAAGAGUCUCAAGAAGAUAGAGCAGAGCCUCGGGGAGAUUGGAAAGAGCCCCGAGGAGACAAAGGAUAGCCCCGAGGAGGAGAAGGGUUCCAUUUCGGUAUGGGAUGUCUGGAUCCAGGAGCCGGUCGGAGGCAUGGCCGUGAAGGCCACUGCUCAUGUUCGCACAGUUCCCAAGACAGCACUGAAGCCCAAGGCUCAGCCCUCCCCCAAGGCUCAGAACCCCAAGGCUCAGCCCCCAAAGGCCAAGAACCCCAAGGCCAAGAACCCAAAGGCCAAGAACCUCAAGGCUAAGAACCCCAAGCCAGAUCAGGUAACUGAAGAGAAAGUACCGCAAGAGCAGGUCCCACAAGAGCAGGUCCUCCAAGAGCAAGUCUCCCAGGACCAAGUCUCCCAGGACCAAGUUACUGGAGAAAGCGGACCCAAGCCUUGA